CGGAUAUCUCUAAUUCUCUGAAGGAACUUCCAUCACUCUACUAGACAACCGACUCACUACAACAGAAGCUGGUUUUAAUCUCCACUCGUCAUGCCAAUCUAGAAAAGUCGGUUGAGAAGUGCCCCAAAAGUGCCGCUUUUAAGGCUUUUCCGAGUGUUUUGGUUCCUGCAGGUUGGUGGUUGUCAGGUCUCCCCCGGCCUUCAUGAUAUAGACAGUUUGAUAGAGAGAAGACCUAUAGCUAGUUGCUGAUCUAUGUCUUCGAAUCCCUUUCACCCGAAGUAUGAUUGCAAGUGGUGGUUCCUCCUUGCUCUCCCUCUGACUGGCACAUCAUGUGUCUAAAUCUAGUUCAAAACACCGUGUCUGGGUGGGAACUACUGCAGUGUCUUGUGACGCAUGGGUGGUGCUUCUACGACGUCGCAUCUUGAUGCUUUCGUUGGUUAUUUGUUUUCCGUCCAUUCAAAUACUGAGUCAUGUCACUUCCUCGAGGCUUUAUAUCCGCACACCGGACACCGUAUUUCAAUUCGCAAACAUAAAUAUCAUUCCCCUGGAUUUGGAUUUAUAUUCAUCCGCUACCACUUGCAUGACUUCAUCUCCCAUGGAGUCCCCUUCAAGUCCCACUUGCUUGCGAGUCACUCGACUGACACUCAUACAUGCUGUCCUUGCAUAUGUAUCUCCACAAUUCACUGCAAUGUCCUGUCUACCUCUCCUACUACCAGUCGAGAUCCGCUGUCGUAUUCUCACCCAUCUGCAUCUCACGCUUUCCGCCUCCUUACUUGAAUCACUCAACCACAGCUUACAGACGGCCCUCGUCGACCUUUGUGAUCGUUGCAAAACCUAUAAUUUUCACGUCUACGGUCAAAACGUGUCAGACUGGCCUGAAAUAAAGGUCACUGGCGGUUGUUGGUGCGCGAAAAUUGGAGGGCACCAGCGGCCAGAGAUCGCUCGUGCGCGUGAUCGGCGGGAUUCCGAUGCAUGCGUCGACGCCAAAAUCCGCUCCCCGAUGGCUGACUCUGAUCCGCCGCCCUACUUCAUAUUUCACUUGCGUCACGUUGCCGUAACAUAUCUGUCAACCACCUCACCCUCGCCUUAUACGCGUGACAUAGAGGCGAUGGCAACAUCGCGUGCCGGUGCCAAGGAGAUUGAUGCUUUAGUCUCAAAUGUCCUGCGACACUUUCAAUGCUGCGUUGCUCCUUCAAAGACGAGGGUAGUAUGGAAGCUGGAAGACGAGCUUUGUAUCAUUCCUAUCUCUGAAAGACCCUCUGAAGGCCCCUCGGAUGAUGAGAUAUUAUGCACGCUCCGGCUCGCCCUGGAGCUUAACCGGCACCGUGACUUUGUAUCACAUUCAAGGCUACAUCCUCGGAAUAUGAAGCUCACUCCCCCCUUAAUAUUCCAUUCCCCUGGUAAAUGCUUCACUUCGUUCCUGUUUGUUACAAUGGCUAACUGA